AUGGCGACAUGGGAAACAGACGAAUUCAUGUCUCAGUGGGACAAGAAAUACGUCUCCACCAACUUGAAGCCUGGCUCAAAGCCGUACGAUAAAGAUUUCUUUCUCGGCCUCGAAUCUCGCCUGGCUUCCUCGCACGCCGAACUGAAACAUAUUGCCAACACUCUGAUUGUUGCAGCUUGUUGUGCCGUCGGCCGUGCAGACGUCGUUGGUCGACUUUUCGAUGACUUGACAGCGGCUGCCACGCCCGAGGAAUCCGAGUACAUGUUUCUGCGCUUUCGUGAAGCCAUUACAAUCAUCUUUCCUUAUUUGGGUCUCCCCACAUGUAUACCAGCAUGUUAUGGCAUGAUCGGAGUUGUACAACGCAAGGGGGCCCGAUAUGCAUCAACCAAGAGUCUUCGGAAAAAGACCAUUACUGAGGACGACGUCCAGAAAGGGAUCGAACUUCGUGCGAGGAUCUAUCGUGGUGUGGGCAACUCGGACAUCUUCUCCUUGAUGGACAGAUAUUUCACGGACCUAUUCACGACUUCGAAGGUGGUUACGUGGGGAUAUCUUAUCGCGAAAGCGAACGAGGAGGUCUUCCAGCCACAGGAGUCGCACCUUGUCGUGGCCACGGCUAUCAUGGCCUUGGGAGCCACUCGUCAGACUAAAAGCCAUAUAAAGGCUACUUUAGGUAUUGGGAACUCCGUCAAUAGCGUCAAGGCUGUUGUAGAUAUGGUAUCCCAAUUAGCUGAGUGGGCUGGUCGCCCCGAGAUUGGGCCCGUCGACGUCGACCAGCUCGUGGAAGAAAUCCAAGCGGCCUUGAAGGGAUGA